UACAAAAGGUAGUUAGUGGCUGUUAUCCAUUCCCUGUAUUUUGAACACAACCCUGAGGAGGAGGAGGAGGAAGAAGAGAAUGGCUGCAACAGCCCUUCUCUCAGUGCCAACGCCUCAUCAAACUCAACGCCCUUCCAUCACUGUCACUAACUCAUUAUUUCAUCCCUCACUUACUUCAAUCAAAUACCCUUUCAAGCCUUCAACCUCAAUCCUUCUCUCCUCUUCUUCUUCUUCUUCUUCUUCUUCUUCUUCUUCAGUUUCUGUUGUAGAAGAUAAUCCCUAUACUCCAUCACCUGAUCCAGUUCCCGUCCAAUCAGAUUCUGCCGCUAACGAACCUGACAAGCUUCCUUCCAGUGGUUGUAAGGCAUGUGGCAGAGAGGAAAUGGAGAGGGGAUGCAAUGGUGAGGGAAGGAUUCAAGGUGGCAUUGCAACAGUUCCAGGGUUUGGUUGGUGGCCAAUAAAGGCUUACAGGCCUUGUCCUGGAUUUCUGGCGUCUGGUGGUCGGUAUCGGCGACAAGGGCAAAGCAUGGAUGAGGUUGCCUUUGGAAGGGGGGAAAGAAGACCUCCUGUGAGUCCCAGCAGUGAGGUUGAGUCAAGCAAGAAACAAGGUCCAGGGAAAUUCAAGAAGUAAGCUUCAGUGGAAGAGAUGCUAUAAGCCUCUCUGAAUUGAUUUUCUCAAAAAUUUUAAGCCCGGUUGCUCUGUUGGAGGGUGAUAAGUAUAGAUUUCUUCCAAGUUUUUCAUUUUCAUCAAGAAAAUGAAGUAUUUCUUGUCUGUAUUAUUCAUGAUUCUUCAUAUUUGCUUUUUACAAUCCUAUACUGUAUGAAAAACUUUGGAUUUUGGUCAUAUUGGAAUUACAAAUUAACUGGGUCAAAA